AUGGAGAAAUCUCCAACAAUCAUAGCCUCAUCUGGAUCAGAGCAAUAUGAGAGCCAACCAGCUCGGCAGAAAGAAUCGCAGAUUGAGCAAGGCGGACGACCGCAGCCUUCAUCUGCAGAAGAUACCCUGGCAUUAGGGCCUCACAAUCAUGGUGAUAAAACUGCAACUCACGAUAACGUCAGAAAGAUUACUGGCAUCAGAUGGUUUCUUCUUUGUUCAGCCCUAUAUGCCACUGCCUUAUUAUACGGGCUUGAUACCACCAUCGCAGCGGACGUUCAGAGCGCGGUCAUUGAGACAUUCGAAGAUAUUUCACAGCUUGCGUGGCUUGGCGCCGGAUUUACUCUGGGCUCCGUGGCAGUCAUUUUACCAUACGGAGCACUUUACAGCAUGUUCUCCUUGAAGUAUCUCUACAUUGCAGGAGUUGUCCUCUUCAAGUUGGGCUCUGUACUCUGCGGCGCCGCACCAUCUAUGAAUGUUCUCAUCGUUGGACGUGUUAUCGCUGGAAUGGGCGGGACAGGAUUAUACCUUGGCGUUUUGAACCACAUCUCUGCAUUUGCCACUCGUGAAGAAAGGGGAACCUAUAUCAAUGGCAUCGGAUUUGUAUGGGGUGUUGGUGCCUGCUUAGGUCCUGUUAUCGGCGGCCUCUUUUCCGUCUCAAAGGCUACAUGGCGUUGGGGUUUUUACAUCAAUCUUGUCAUUGGAGCAGCGACUGCUCCCAUCUACAUAUUCAACCUCCCCAAUGUUCAUCCCGUUCGAGGAAUCUCACUCUGGGAUCGAAUAAAGAGCAUUGACUACGUUGGAAGCGUACUCAGUAGUGGAUUAUGGGUGGCGUUUUCGUUGGCCUUUGUCUUCGCUGGCGGUGCCUGGAGAUGGCAAGAUGGGCGCACCAUUGCCACAAUCAUAGUCUUCGGAUUGCUUACUGUGUUGUAUAUGGUGCAGCAAUAUUAUUGUAUCUUCACCACGCCGGAGACCCGCUCAUUUCCUGUUCACUUGCUUCGGUCCAGGUCACAGAUUCUUACCGCCGUCUGCUCCGCGGCCUCUUAUUCGGCACUUUACAUACCGACUUACUUCAUUCCCAUCUACUUCCAAUUCGUUCAAAAUGACACAGCGCUGAAGGCUGCGGUUCGACUUCUUCCCUUUCUCCUUGUAGCUGUGGCCUUCAAUCUUGCGAGUGGUUAUCUACUCGCCAAACUCAAAUACUACAUGCCUAUGUAUUUGGUAUCAGGAAUACUUAUUACAGUGGGAGGAUCGCUGUUAUAUGUAUACUUGAAACCUGAAACGCCCACUGCUAGCAUUUACGGCAUUAGUGUUGUGCUUGCCGUAGGAACAGGCUUGACGAUGCAGAUAGGAUAUGCAGUGGCUACACUGAAAGUCACGCCGGAAGAUGUCGCCAAGUCGCUUAGCAUGCAGAAUGUGAGCCAGAUGGGCGGUACAACCAUUGCCCUUAUCAUUGCUGUUCUUGUCUUUGAAUCUGCUGCUGUACGUAAUGUUUCGGGAGUGCUGGAAGGCCAAGGUUUCUCGGACGCGCAGAUUCGCGCCAUUAUUGCCGGAGCUCAGAGUACAUUAUUCGAAGAUCUAAGCGAUGACAUGAAGAGGAACGUCAUUCUUGCCAUCACGAAAGCAAUGCAGACUCCAUUCAUCUUGGUCAUUGUGUCUGGGGCAGUUGAUGUGAUCUCUAGUUUUGCGAUGAAGAGGGAGAAGUUGUUUGGAGAGAUUGUGGCUGUUGGCUAG